GAUCCUAGGAGCAACAAAAUUUUGAGCUAGAUCGAACUUGGUCUGUCAUUAAUAAAUUUAUGGCAGGUGUUAGACCUGGCUCCUCCUCCUUCUCCUCUCCCCUCAGUAUGAGGAAUUUCAUCGGUUUGUCUCUACUUCUAUGCCUAACUCUCUGCUCUUUGGACAAAGGCUUUGCCUUGGCAGAAGCAGAUACCCACACAGUUGAUCUCCGUUCUCUAUUUCCAGCAACGACCUGCAGCCCCUCCACCAAAGGUAAUAAGAGGAAGGCAUCUCUUGAAGUGGUACACAAGCAUGGGCCAUGCUCUCAUCUCGCUCAACACAAAGCAACUGCUACGAAUCACACUCAAAUUCUAGAGCAAGACCAAGUGCGAGUGAACUCAAUCAACUCCCAAAUUUUCAAGAAAUUGAACGGCAACGAGGAUCUAAGCCAAUCGAAGGCCACCACCCUCCCGGCCCGGUGGGCUACCAGCCAAGGUGCAAGCAACUACGUGGUGACGGUAGGAUUGGGCACACCUAACAAACCACUUUCGCUUGUAUUUGACACCGGAAGCUAUCUCACUUGGACUCAAUGCCAACCUUGUGCUGGCUCUUGCUACCCACAAAAGGAGCCCAUUUUCGAUCCCUCAGCCUCCACCUCAUAUACCAACAUUUCCUGUAAUAGCACAGACUGCAUCCAACUCAGGACAACUACAAAAUUCAACAGAUGCGUAGCAGACACAUGCUUAUACGCCUUGGAGUAUGGAGACUCAUCCUACACCAUUGGAUUAUUCGCCACAGACAAGCUGACCUUAACUCCAAACGACGUGUUCGAUGGGUUCUUCUUUGGCUGCGGCCAAAAAAACGAAGGCUUCAUCAAUGGCACGGCCGGUAUACUUGGUCUCUCCCGCAACAAGUUCUCCAUCAUUGAACAAACCAUACAAAAGUACAACCGCUUCUUCUCCUACUGUCUGCCACCAACCGCAAGCUCUACUGGAUACCUCAGCUUCGGCGCACCUGAUGGAGCUUCCAAUGCUGCUGUAAAAUACACACGGCUCACUACUUUAUCCUUGAGCUCGGAUUUUUACGGCAUAGACGUGGCUGGCAUCAAUGUGAACGGAAAAAAGCUCUCAAUUCCUGCUUCAGUGUUUUCAUCCCCGGGGACGAUCAUCGACUCCGGGACCGUCAUCUCGCGGCUGCCGUCCACAGCGUAUACCGCUUUGCGGGAUGCAUUUCGGGCAGCGAUGACAAGCUAUCCAUUAGUUCCGGGACCGGAUGAGUUCCUAGAUACAUGCUAUGACCUUAGUAGCUAUCCAACAGUGACGUAUCCGAAAAUAGAGUUUGUGUUCGGCGACGGGGUUACGUUGGAAUUGGACGCAACCGGAAUUGUCUACUUUCUCAACGGUUUGAAGCAGGUUUGCUUGGCUUUUGCCGAGAAUGAUGAUGCUAAUGACAUUGCGAUUUUCGGGAAUACUCAGCAGAAGAAUAUGGAGGUGCUAUAUGAUGUUGCUGGAGGGAGAGUCGGAUUUGCUCCCGGUGGUUGCUGAUGAAUGUUCCAAAGUCAUAUUAUUGCAUGCAAUUUUUUUUUUCUAUGCAAAAAGACUAUAAAUUAUGAUUGAAAGUCUCUAGAGCAACCAUAGUUUACAUUAUCAAAUAAUAAGGCACUAGAUACUUCUUUAGGAACCAUAUUGGUCCAAGAGGCGCCAUCAUUAAAAUUAUGACCUAAGUUGGCUAUAACAUCAACUACAAAGUUUGCCUCUCUAAAAAUAUAUUGCAUGCAAUUAUUAUACUGAACUAUUGUUUUGUGAUUUGGCAAUAUUGUAGUAUUGAACAAUACCUUAUAUGUA